AUGAGUAAAGUAAUGGAAGCCGCUGUGCACACUCCGUUUCAAAACUAUUUGAUUGUCAACAAACUUAUAUCAUGCAGGCAAUUCGGAUUCAGACCAGGUCAUAGCACCUCUGACCUCCUAACCAUCUUAUCCAAGAAAUGGAACACAGCUCUUUUCAGUGGCCAUGAAAUGUGUGCUAUCAAAAUAGACAUCAAAGGUACCUUUGAUAAAGUCUGGCAUAAUGGACUGUGUGCUAAACUUCAGUCAAAGGGUGUAACUGGUAGGUUACUCACCUGGUUACAGAGCUGUCUAGCGAAUCGGUCUAUUAAUGUUGUGCUUUCAGGACAAUCAUCCGACUUAAUGAAUAUCAACUCUUCAGUGCCACAAGGCUCACUACUUUGA